GGCUCACAUCAAAAUGUAGUAAAAUAUAACACCAUAUCAGAACCAGACCCAAUUGGAAGUCUAAACCCCAAGUCAACAUCGCUGUGUUAUUGUCUCACAAACGAAAGCCGACGUAAAAGAACAAUGGCCUCGAUCAAACGACAUGCAAGUUGAUUCAAGUUCACCCUCAGCGAUCAAACCGCUUAUGUUAUUUUUUCUUUUCCAGUAUAUAGAUUAGAUGAAUUAAUGAUUGACACUUUAUUAUUUUAGAAUUAAUAAAAAAUAACUUCCUGCCAAAAAUGAUAUUUUAAACAGACUAAUUAUACUCAUAUAUAAACGUCCAUGCUUAUCACGUGUGUAUUAUUGUAUUUGUAUGGCAUUUGCAUGUAUAUAAAUAUGAGACUCACGAUAAGCAUAUUAUACAAAGGGUAAUUAAGAGAGAGUUAAAGAGCGAGACGAAGUUAUGGGAUACUUCUUGAUAGGUUUUCUUGUGGUUGUCUUGUCCGUGGGAAAUGUUAUUGAAGAAGCAAAUGGUGAAAUACCUCGAACCAUAUUGGGCAAAAUAGAGAGGAUUAAUCAAAAAGGUCCUUAUUUAGGGAUUGUAGCUCCAAACAACUAUGAACUUAACCCUCUUCUCGGUUCUAAAGCCUAUGUCCCAUCUUCUUCGUUGCCCUUCAUCGAUUUCGCAGGUCGAAAAUUCCGAUUUGGAAAAUUAUCAAAACAACCAGUGGUAAUAGUGAUGUCGGGAUUAGGAAUGGUGAAUGCAGGAGUAACAACACAAUUACUGGUGAGCCUCUUUAGGCUGAAAGGAGUUUUGCAUUAUGGAAUCGCUGGAAACGCAGAUAUUAACCUUGAGAUUGGUGACGUCACUAUUCCUCAAUAUUGGGCACACUCUGGCCUUUGGAAUUGGCAGAGGUAUGGAGAUGGGAUUGACAACGAAUUAGCUCUCGAAUCCGGUGGUGACUAUACUCGGGAAGUUGGUUAUCUCCAGUUUUCCAAAUAUAGUAACCGAACCGAUAACUUGCUUAAUCGAGUUUGGUAUCAACCGGAAGAAAUCUUUCCGGUCACCGGAACUCCUGAAGAGCGGCAACAUGUGUUCUGGAUUCCCGUUGACAAGUCCUACUUGAAACUUGCACGCAAACUCGAGGACACGAAGCUACCGCAGUGCGUGAACACCACAUGCCUCCCUCGACCACCGAAGGUCACUAUCGUUAAACGUGGAAUGAGUGCAAGUGUUUUCAUCGACAACGCAGCUUACCGGACUUUCCUCAACUCCAAGUUUAACGCCACCGCCGUUGAAAUGGAGAGCGCCGCCGUGGCUCUCAUUUCCCACCAACAAAACCUCCCUUUCAUUGUCAUCCGUGCACUCUCCGAUCUAGCUGGAGGCGGUUCCGACGUGUCCAACGAGGCCAGCAUAUUCAGCAGCCUCGCCGCGGAAAACUCCGUCGAUAUUCUCGUUAAGUUCGUUGCUUUGUUGCCUCCGCACGGAAGCAAGAUUCAAUCAGAAUGAUAAAUUUGGAUUAAGACUUUCGAGCGUGGAAUAAGAGCAUGUAACGGGAAAAGUAAGAUGUAUUAUCUAUGAGAACGCGAUAAAAUAUGUGUCUAAAGUCUAAACCAAAUAAUGCGUACGUUCUUUUUAAUAAUAAAAGCUGUGUAUUGUUCAUUGGUAUUAUUAUUGAAGUGUUGAUUGGUAACGACUGUUAAUUUUUGC